UCCACUGAGUAAGGUAACGUGUGUGUGAGCAAGAGUAGGGUAUUUCUUGCUACCUGCUCUGCAGCUAAAGGGAUUUGUCCUCCCUCGGCUCUCUGCUGCAAGAUUUACCUGGAAAAUACACACAAAAUUGAAGGAAGCAAAAGAUUGACAGCAGGCAACAAUGGCCCGGCUGAACUGGUGUCUGGCAGCAGUGAUUAGCUGGGGGAAGUUCCUCUUCUCUUGUUUCUUUCCAUUGAGAGCAGCGAGGAGGGAUAAGCCAGAAGACUUUGAGGCUGUUCAUUCCCACACCUUCAAGGCGAAGUCCUUUAAAAAAGCAAAGAGUUGUGCAGUGUGCAAGCAGGCUCUGACGAAGGAGGGCCUGGUCUGCAAAGUGUGCAAGUUGUCCUGCCAUAAGAAAUGUGAGGUAAAGGUAGCCACAGCCUGUGAAUUGACAACAACUAAUCCUAACCAGAAUCAGCAGGCAUCAACGAAAUCACCCAAUAUGGACUCAAAACGAAGGCCAUCCAGGCGCUUGAGCAUUAUGCAAACAUUGGAAGAAAGUAAUGAGGUGGACCUUCUCUAUAUCACAGAGCGCAUCAUUGCUCUGUCCUUCCCAGGUGGAACAGAGGAGAACAAAUACAGUGUACACCUGAGGGAGGUGACCAGCAUGCUCCGUUCCAAACACCAACAGCACUAUCUAAUGCUUAAUCUCAGUGAACGGAGGCAUGACAUCACCAAGCAGAACCCACGAGUGCUGGACUUUGGUUGGCCUGAUCAUCAUGCUCCCGCUCUAGACAAAAUCUGCAGUAUCUGUAAAGCUAUGGACACCUGGCUUAAUGCAGACCCUCACAAUGUGGUGGUACUUCACAACAAGGGAAACUGGGGGAGAACUGGUGUUGUGGUCGGUGCCUAUAUGCACUACAGUAACAUAUCUGCCAGUGCUGACCAGGCAUUGGACAGGUUUGCAAUGAAGCGUUUUUAUGAAGACAAAUCCAUGCCUGUGGGGCAGCCUUCCCAGAGGAGGUAUGUGCAAUACUUUGCGGGUCUACUUUCUGGUCACAUAAAGAUCAAUAACAAACCCCUGUUCCUUCAUCAUGUCAUCAUGCAUGGCAUCCCAAAUUUUGAGUCUAUAGGAGGUUGCAGACCCUUUCUCAAAAUCUAUCAAGCAAUGCAGCCCGUGUACACAUCUGGAAUUUAUAAUGUUAAAGGUGACAGUCAUACAAGCAUCUGUAUCACCAUUGAGCCUGGUCUGCUACUAAAGGGAGAUAUACUGCUGAAAUGUUAUCACAAACGUUAUCAAAACCCCAGUAGGGAUGUGAUCUUCAGAGUACAGUUCCACACAUGCGCAUUACACAAUUUAGCUCUGGUCUUUACCAAGAAUGACCUUGACGAGACGUUUAAAGCAGAUGAGAGAUUUCCUGAAUAUGGGAAGGUGGAGUUUAUCUUUUCUUUUGAUCCUGAGAAAAUCAAAGGGUUGGAUCAUCUACAAAAUGGACCUAGUGUCUCUGUGGACUACAACACCCAGGAUCCCUUGAUCCGCUGGGACUCUUAUGAAAACUUCAACAGGAGAUGUGAAGACGUUAAUGUUGAUGCUGCUCAUACUCAAGGUCCAAUAGACGGCAAUCUUUACGCCCAGGUUCAGAAGAAAAACUCUCUUGAGGGUAUUUUGCCUGCCAAUGGUGCUUAUUCAACUGACCGUGUUCCUCCUGUAGCUGAACACGCUCUUCCUCUUCCAGUUGCCAACCAUCAGCUACCAGCUGCAGACCACGCUCUUUCUGUCAGCAGUGACUCAGGCAACUCCACUGCUUCCGUUAAGACAGACCGCACAGAUGAUGCUCAACAAUCUUUGUCAUCCUCAGGGCCUGUGAGCCAAGCUCCCCCUGGGACAGUAAUUAGCCCCUGUGAGAACCGAGAGUUGGAACAACUUCUGAGUGGUUCAGAGGGACCACCUCAUCAGUCUUUCCUCUCUUUUGCUAACACAAGCCCAGGGGUUGGUGUGAGGCACCUUGUGCCUGCGCAGGUCCACGUUAACGGACAAGCAGGUGCUGAGCGUGAAACUGACAUUAUUGACGACGAGUUACCAGAAAGCCAGGUGGGAGAUAACAGUGCUGGCAGUCUUGGUACACUCUCCUCAUUUGAGGGUCAAGAUACACCAGCUGACAGUAAAACAGUCACAGAGUGCACUGUAGUAGAAGUAGAGGGACAUUGUGGGACUUUCCUAGAGCGAAGGCCUAAAAAGGAAAUGCCUGUACACCAGCUUCGAGGGUCAUCAUCAGCUCAUGGACUGAUAGACUACAGUGGGCAGAAUGAAGGAAUGUAUCGCUCACAGUCAUAUGGUGGCAUGAUGCUGGAUGGAGGACAUAGGUAUUUGCCACAAGCUCCGGAACGUAAUACAAGCAGUCGAGAGGCAGUGCAGCGAGGGCUCAGUGCUUGGCACCAAUAUGGUCUUGUAGAUGACCCUUUCUUUGGCUCUAAUGGUGCCCUGCCACGCUUCUCAACUCGUGGAGGGGGGUCACAGCAGGAUGUAGAACAGUCAAUAGAUGCCCUAAACAUGCUCAUGCUUGACUUGGAGCCUUCGCAUACACCAGUUCCCAAAUCUCAGAGUGCUCCCCCAGGUGAGAACAUCUCAGCUUUUCAUCCACCCUUUGGUCAAACUAUUGCCAGACCUUCUUACCAGGCUGACCAGGCCAUAUAUAGCGUAACUGGUGGUCCACCUCUAUCUUCCUCUGCUAGUUUUGGCCAGUCCUCACAAAGAUCAUCACCUGCUUACCCCAUAACUCCAAUAUCUGACCAUCAAAGAGGUUACCCUCAAACUCCACAGACCCCUCAGACCCCUUAUUCACCUAUCUAUCAGCAAGAUCCCUACAGUAUCCGGGGAGGUUCAGUUACAACACCAUCCCCAACUUUAACCCUCCCAUCUCCAAUCAAGCCCCAGUAUGUCUACCCAGGAAGUAGCGAAGUGUCAUACUCCCCAGAUCUUCAGGGUACAUUCCCAGGCCCUCAGAAAAGCUACAGCGCAUCAUCAUCUCCACUCCCUCCUGUUACCCCUGCAAAAGAGCCUGAGCCAAAGUCUGAGGAGGAAAUGCUUAACCUUGAGGGACUUGUGGCCCACCGUGUGGCAGAAUACAACGCCCGCAUCCGGGGCAUCUCCAAGAGCAUGUCCUUCCAGUCCGAACAUCAUCGUUCUUAUUCCUUCUCUGGAUCACAUUCGCGUACAGUAACCCCAGAUGAAGCUAUGCCAACUGUACGCCGACGAACCACCAGUGAGAGCCAGUACCUCAGCAGCCAACAUGACAGUGCAGCCCAUGUGGUGCGCUCUCCAUUGAAACCUGUAUCUCCAGAGUUUGCCAACACAAUUACAAUGAACCCAGGUGGACAACCCAAGGAGAAAUCCGUGCAUAGUUACAGGGAUGCCUUUGAGGAGAUGGAAUCAGCUCCUUUUAGUCCUGCCCAUGUCAAUGCAGGUCUUUCUGGACAUGCAACUCUGUCAGCUGCAGGCCUGAGGGCACAGAACCCUGCAGAAGCUAUGGUACAGCAAAACAGUUCCGAUUCUGAUUCUAGUGAUGAAAUGGAAGAGACGCAUGGUUUUGUGGCAACAGGGGUCAGAGAAGGAGGAUUAAUUUCUCCUUUGCACCACCCAUACUCUCCUGCUUCUGAAAGACCAGUUCCUCCUGCCCACACUGUCAGCCAACCUCAGCCAGUUAACAACUCUAGCUCUGAUGGCUUUGGCAAUCAGCGUACCUUUCCAUCAUUUCCAUCUGAGCCCAUUCGGGCUCCUUUAUUUUUGGAUACCUUUUCUUACCUUAACCCUGAUGAGGCCACUGUUAAUAUCAUGGGUAUUCAUCACGUCCCAGGAAGCCCCAACACACUCCACCGUACAGUAGCCACCAACACUCCCCCAAGCCCUGCCCUUCAGCGUAGGCUUGGUGGUCCGAGCAGCCCUGCCUUUGGGCGGCGUAUAACAACAGCCAACAGUGGCAGUGAACCAACCACUCCUAACAGCCCUCUUCUGGGUCGCAGUGGGAAAUUCAUCCCACCAAGUCCUGUGCUAGACCGUCAUCCCUCACCUGCACUAGUUGCCUCAAGUCCAGAUCACAAAGUCCCACCUAGAGGUCAGGCGACUCCAGAUGAGAGACUUGGGGCACAAUCCAGACAAAGCACCACUUCUACAGUUCAGCCUGGACAUGCUACUCCCACAUUUCCUAUAGAGCAAUCCUCUAGUCCCUCAUUGUUCUUACCCCUGGAUAUAAGAGCAGGAUCCUCCAUGGAAAAUUCUGAAAGUGGUCCAGCAGAUUGUGGUCCUACACAAGUGCCCCCACAAGGACAUGCAAUCCCCUCAAUAUAUGAUGGACCUCCAGAUAUUAGAAUCAAUAUCAAAUUUGUUCAAGAUACAUCCAAAUAUUGGUACAAACCAGAAAUCACCAGAGAACAAGCCAUUUGCAUUCUUAAAGAUCGUGAACCUGGAGCAUUUGUCAUUCGAGACAGUAACUCCUUCAGAGGAGCAUAUGGCUUGGCCAUGAAAGUAGCCUCUCCCCCUCCAACGGUGCAGCAAAACAAGAAAGUUGGAGACAUCACAAAUGAGUUGGUACGACACUUCUUGAUUGAAACCAGUGCCAAGGGUGUGAGACUUAAGGGUUGCCCAAAUGAACCCUACUUCGGGUGUCUGUCUGCUCUUGUAUAUCAACAUGCCAUCACACCUCUGGCUCUACCAUGCAAGCUUAUGAUCCCUACAAGAGAUCCAAAUGAAGAGGCCUUGGAACUAGCCACACCAACAAGUUCAACAAUGGAUUUAUUAAAGCAGGGAGCAGGACACCCUAAACCUAUUGAAGAUUUUUAUGCUUGUAACGUUUUGUACAUAAACUCUGUGGAUAUGGAAUCUCUGACUGGUCCCCAGGCUGUAGCCAAAGCCAUCACUGAAACACUUGCUGCCAAAUCCCCUCCUACUGCAACCAUUGUCCAAUUUAAAGUGUCUACACAGGGCAUCACACUCACUGACAAUCAAAGGAAGGUUUUUUUCAGACGUCAUUACCCAAUCAGUUUGAUCACAUACUGCAAUAUGGACCCACAAGACAGAAAGUGGAAUAAAGCAGAGGGUGGUGUAGCAAAGCUUUUUGGGUUUGUGGCUCGAAAACAAGGAAGCACGACUGAUAAUGUGAGUCACCUGUUUGCUGAGUUGGAACCAGACAAUUCUGCUUCAGCCAUUGUCAGUUUCGUCUCCAAACUAAUGCUGAACAUCCAGAAACCUUGAGUGACUGCCCAGCAAACAUCUUGGUUUCUCCAUAUGAGUCAGAUUUUUUUUCACCAAAGAGGAUUUGGUUACGCUAACUUAUUUUUCCAGAGUGGAUUAUUUUUUUCAAUACAGUUCUACUGUCAUUUUGUUGAAGAGACAUGGUAGUGGGGCUCUUGUUUUUUCUUCUUUGAGAAGAUAUGAAAAUUGCACCCUUUUUUAAGAGAGGAUCUUGCUGGAAAAAAGGCAGACAAGAAUGCUUGGGUAAAGGUAGUAAGUGUACUGUAAAUGAAAGGGAUUAGUGUCCUUUUGGCCUUCCUUACCAGAAGGUUGGUCUGUAAAAUAAUAACAUUAUUUAAAAAGUUAAUACAAAUACAUGAAUUACAAAUAAUAUUUAGAGGAAAAAACCAAAGGUACUGUUAAAAAAUAUGUCUGAUAUUAUUUGUUUUUAUUUAUAACAAAAAAGGCAAAAGAUAAGAUCAGACCAGUCAAAAACUAUUGAGUUCCUCAUUCUGUGUACUCCUGUGAAAAGUAUGAAAAAGCCAUUUUGCAUGUUUGCUUGCAAGAAUCACAAGAGUAAUUUCUCUGAAUUCAGAGGACUUUAUUUUACUCUGCUGUUACUCUCCGAAAAGCAUUUUACAGAACUAAACUUUUGACUUCAGCUUCCAACAGACCAAAUCGAUUGAGUAAAUAAAGAAAUGUGGUCCAGAAAAUGGAAAACGAAACACCUUGCCCAGGCUUGCCAAACUGAUCACCACAUAAGGACUUGCUAUACUUGCCUGUGGACAUAAAACUAGCCACAGCACUGCAGUCACUGGAAAAUUCACAUUGAAAUUCCAUAUCGGUAUGGAUAGUGAAAAUCACAUUGACUCUACCCACAAUGUCCUGGCUGUGGUAGUAGAUGUUUAGCUUUUUUCUGAACUGUGCUCAACAUCCCAUUUACAGCUUUACCCCAGUCAGUGACAAAUAUAAGACGUUUUGUUGCAUACUAUUUGAGUGCAUGGGUAGGUUCAUUUUGUACUUGUCUUUAAAAUGUAUUAUGAGAAACCAUGACAUUAACUGAAUAUUUAUUUUUGUUGCAGUAUUACUCAUGGUUAACUAAUAUUUAAAAUAGUGUAAAGUCUACAGAAAAAGAAAAACUUGACUUAAACGUUGAAAAUUACAUAUUUUAGCUAAAAUAUCGAAAUCAGGUUUUGAGAAGCUCUUGAUGUAAAAUGUAUGUUUUUGUCUUUAUUUGAAUGUGUGUUCACUGUGUCAUUGUUAAGUGUUUUAGAAUGAAAAGGCAUGAAUGUGGAAGAAAUUGAAACAAAAAAAAAUAUUUUAGAUUAAAAAACACCAGUACGUGUAGAAAUUUGCCAUGAGUGCUGCCAUUAUGUGUGUGAAUCAAACAGCUCCUGCAAUGGAUAUGGACUGUGUUACUGGUCAAAGGGAGGUCAGUUAUUUAUUGUAUUCUGUUGAAACAUAAAAGGGAAAUGUAAAUGAUAUAGAAUAUAUUGCUAUAUUUAAAAGAAAAAAGUUAUAGUAUUUCAUUGAAUGCACCUUCUAUCCUGUCAGUGACUGUAGGUUUUUAUAAUUGGUUCCUUCUCUGUUGACCAUCAUUAAGUGCUUUAUAAUCAUAGAUGGGGCGUAAGAGAUUGAAUAUAAAAAAAAUCUCAUUUAAUUGGCAGGAUGUGAGGUGUUUUGCUAUAGAUUUCCAUAUUGACCUUAUUCUUCACCUACAAGAGGGCGCAGCCAUUGGAAUCUUUUUGGCUCAUUUACUUCCAUUGAUUUUUAGACUUUAAAAACGUCUUGUUAUGCAGCUUGAUGUUGCAAACUGAUAUUUUCUUAUUAUAUUAUUCUUCAUUUUAUGUAUAGUUAUGAACACACUUGUUUGUAGAACAAGUAGUUUGACGGUUUUCUAUCGUUUAUUAUUUCUUUAUCAUUUCUCCCAUGGAUAACUCAAUCGGAAGUUUUAAAACAAACGCAAAAACGAGCGCACUUCCGCAUUGCAGAAUAAGGUCAAUACCAAGAGGUGAUGAUGAUAUAGCUCUCAGUUAAGUAAGCCAUUGACAAAUGUAAUAAGUCAAAGCUAAUCACUGAAAAUGUGUUUCAGUUGUUCAGCAAAUUUUGUCAGGUUUUUCAGACAUGAGUUUUGGAGCUGCAACAUGUUUGUGUUUUAAGGAUUGCAAUUAUGGAUGAAAUGCAAGAAACUGUGGAGUUUACAGUCAAUUGUGUCAAAUGGUCAAAGGGAGCGAUUUGACAGACCAUGUGCAGUUGAAAAUAAAAAAAAAAUCAGAAACAUAA